CGCCGUAGUGGUGAGGUUGGUGUUGAAAAUAUUUUGAAAGUUUCCUACAAGCCAACCAAAAAAAAUAUAAAUCAACGAAUACACACACGAUGGGAGACGAGGAUACCGAAUCGAUUGCAAGCUCUUCAUCAUGCACAUCAAUCGUUACUUCUGAAGAUGGGUCGUCCGAGGAUGGGUCGUCUGAUUCAAGCACGGUCACAACCACCAAGAAACGCGGCGUCCAGGUCCCUCCAGGUUAUCAGCCCAUCCCUCCUUCUUCUAAUGCAACUGCCUCUUCAAUCUCCGCUCUCAAUACUCAGGAAAUUGAUUCAGGUGACUUAUGGGUAGUCAGGUUACCGAAAGGGGUCAAACCAAAACAUUUGGCCGGUCUACAGCUCGAUCUAAGCUCCGUAAACACCUCCAACCUUUCGCAUGGUGGCUCAAAGCGUGUAGGCGAGAUUAAAGUGGGCGAUGUCGAGUACGAUAUCUUCGCUGAAUGUAUUCCCGUCAUCAAAAACAAGCAAAAGUCAACCCGUCUAAAUUCGCUCGAGCUAUCACCCGAAACGAACGAAAUCUCUCAGCUCAACCCCUUGCUACCAAAUCAAAGAAAAAACCCUCAAGAAACUCAAGUUUUAUUAGCUCCACAGCGGAUAUCCAUGUCAAUUUUUUUUCGACGAAGGAUUCCGAACGAUGCUGGAUCAACAAAGAAGAGCCUCUCAUCGAUCCUAACGGAAAAAACCUGUGUCGUCACAUCUAAUGUCAAACGACCUCAACCCCCAGGAUUAGAACUUCGGAACAUUCCGUUUGGUGCGAAUUUAAAGACGACCGAGCAUGACACCGGAUCCGAUGAAGUUCCUACUGCUACUGCUGCUGCUACUCCUAAUCGUCCAACUUCCUCGAAGAAAAAAUCAACUACUUCAGAUAUUAAACCGUCUCACUCUUCAAAACGCCCCAAGCUCUCCACCUGAUUUCAAUUCAUCUCUUACCAUUCAGUCACAUUCUCUCAAUUAUAAAUACUUUCCCAAAUCUUCAAACUUUGAACCAGCAUGUGAAGGAAAUUUCAUACAAAUCAAUGAAGAAAAAGGCUCGCAAUGAGCAGGAAAAGUGUCGAAAGCAAAGUUCACAGUUGCAAGGACUAAUUUUCAACCAAGAGAUACAAUAACCAGGAGGAGGUCUGAUAUUAUAGGUGUUGAGGAGGAAGCCUAAAAGAAAAUGCUGUGAGAAUUUUUUCAAUCAAUAAUCACAAAAUUUGGAUUACACCUGGGUAAAGAUCCCAAGUGGAGUCACCAAGAUGCUUGUGGCACAAAAGAUUACCUACAUGAUUUCCAAACCAUACAUACAUCCUGUUUCAUAUCUCCACAUCCCUAUUGAUUCAUUUGUGCAUUUGUAAUCUCUCCUUCUUAUGGGUACAUUUUCAGUUUUGCUUCUUCAGGCCAAAUUUCCCAAAGGGCCCUGGUAAAAAAAUGUGGUUUUCCUGCUUUGAGAAACAGUUUAUGCAGCAAUGAUGUCAAAACCAGUUUAUACAUAAAACUGGAUGCCAC